AUGUCAAAACCCGACCACGGUAGUCCACAAAAAGGCAACGGUGGUUAUUCUUUUUCUGUCACUCCAGCAGGGAAUGGAAACUUCAAACUAGCAGUAAACGGCAACACUAAGUUUAAAGGAAUAUUAGCAUACGUAGUCGACCCAACAACAAAAUUGCGAGGCGGAGAAUUUACUGAUUUGCCAGCAGACACAAAAAUUAAAACAUGCGACGGCGGCGACAAAACCACGAUUUCUCACUCUAGUGCAAGCCUCAAGUCUUUGCCGCUUACGUUUGGAUGGUCGUCAAGUGGUAAAACGACGGGAAACAUGACUCUUCGUGCUAUUGUGGUCGUGAGUAAAAAUAAAUGGUACAUGGUUCAGGAUCAGAGUUUUGAUUUGGCGUCAACAAAUUCAAUAACUCCUGCUGUUACUACAUCUACCGAUUCAACUACAUCUACUGACAAUUCGGAAAAAUCACAGUUUUUCUUGAUUGUUUUAUUUACAAAUUAUACGCUAUUUACGAUUAUUGCUGGGAUUACGACGUUCUUGUAUAUUUUGGGGGCGGUGUUGGAGGUGAUGCUGAAACGACAACAAUUAAAGUUUCGUAAUUCUGCGAGGAAUCUUGGUGGAUUUGAGAGAAAUUCUAUUAAUAGGAAUUAA